AUGGACUACAUAAACCGGAAGUUCAGCUUCUGGAGCAGUCGUGGCAUUUCUGGUCCUAAGCCAUCCCUGCUCUCCUUAGGCAACGUCCUUCAGAUUGCCGGCAAUCCGCCACCGAGCAUUGAGCUUGAGCUGCUGCGCAAGUAUGGCCCUGUUUACGGCAAUUAUCAAGGCCUUUUGCCGACGCUAACAGUCAUUGACGCAAACAUCAUCAAGCAGAUUCUAGUGAAAGAUUUUCCGAGCUGGGUCAACAGAAGGAAACUGAAUGGCUAUCAUGAGAUGAACAAUAACCACCAGUUUAAUGCAGAGGGAAACCAGUGGAAGCGACUUAGAACUAUUACUGUGCUGUCGUUCUUGGCAAUGCCUCGUUGGUUUAAUGAUCUCAUCGGUGUGAAGCUUCCCAUCGAUCCAAAGUCAUUUGAAUUUUUCGUCGACCUGACGACGGAGGUUUUGAAACAGCGAAAGUCUGGAGGCUCUGCAGGAAGAAAGGGAGACCUCGUUCAGCUAUUGAUUGAAUCGUAUGCUUAUGAUGCAGAGAUUGCCGAUGAUGGAAACUACGAUCAACUAACGGCCAGCGGCGGAUUUGAAGAAACCACCGAAGCAAAGUCUAACGGAGCACCUGCCAAUGGUGUGAAUCGUCCCAAGACAAAAUUGUCCGAUCGGGACAUCAUCGCACAAUGUGUCCUGUUCCUCAUUGCCGGCUUCGAGACCACUCAGGCUACCAUCUCAAAUAUGUUUUAUGAACUUGCAAUCAAUCCCGAAGUGCAGGAACGUCUUCGCACGGAAAUAGCCGAAGCAGUGGACGGUCUGCCCGUCGGUGGUGACGCCUACAAUGAGGCGGUGAUGACCGGUAUCCCCUACCUGGAGGCGGUCAUCAAGGAAACGCUGAGAAAGUAUCCGCCUGUUGUUCGACUUGAGCGUCGACUGGUGGAUGAGAAGUACGCGCUAAAGCUGCCCAACAGAGAUGAGCCGCUGACGCUGAAGAAGGACCAGCUGAUUGAGAUCAGCACCGUGGCUGUCCACUACAACCCUGAAUACUACUCGGAUCCGGAGGCCUUCAACCCGGAGCGGUUCAUGCCCGAGAACAAGCACCUUCUGGUGCCGUACACCUAUUUGCCCUUCGGAGAUGGGCCAAGGAAUUGUGUUGGCAUGCGAUUCGCCUACCAGGAGAUCAAGUUGUGUCUGUCAAAGGUACUGACGCACAUUAGAAUUUCCAGGGCCCCAACGACUCCGGAGAAACCUCAGUUUGCGGCCUACAAGCCAAUCCUCUUUGUGAAGCCCUUCCAGGUGAAGGUAGAGAAACUGUAG